AUGUCGAAUCCUCCCAAUGUGCCUCCUGCACGAAAUGGGCUUUCUCUCUAUGCGAACUUGUUAGAUCCGUCACCGAGUGAUACACCCGGCUCCAUUACAAAAGGACCAGUCGUUUUCAAAACUGGCGCAGCUUCCGCGGAAGAUGAAGCUUCAACUAAGAAACCCCAGAUUGAUGCUGCUUCUAAGAGCACUUUGGCUGAUUGGGCUGCUGACGACGAUGAUGUUAAUGGGUUUUACGUUGGCGAGAAGAGGCAAAGAGGUGGUAGGAAACGAAGAAAGAAGAACAGGGAAGAGCAAGCUGUAGCACAAGAUUGGGACGAUAUCUAUGACCCCUCGCGGCCAAAUAACUAUGAGGAAUACAAGAACAGUGAUGAGAAGGUUCGGGAAGUACGAGAGUGGAAGGAUAGACUAUAUGCUCAUAGAAUGGCGCGAAAGACAUCGAGUGAUAGUGAUGAUGAGGAGCUAUAUCGCCCAAAGAUUGGCAACCAAUUCGCUCCACCUCCAAAUUAUUCGUUUGCUCCUCCGCCAAUCGAUUCUCCCCCCAAGAAACGUUCCAAGUCGCCAGAAAGUGACUCUUAUAGUCCCACUAUUGGAGCACAAUCUAAUACAGUCCGUCUACCUCCCGAAGAUCAACCCUUACCUCCACCGGCACCACUAUUACCUGGAGCCAUUUCCAGAGCACCGGUGCGGUAUAACUUACCACCGGCGCCAAGUGAACUUCCGGCUUCAGAAGCAGAAUUAGAUAGAGCGCUUGCCGAUGAACGAGAUGGUGAAGAUGAAGCAGAACCAGAUGAAGAUGCACCAAAAUCACUUCGCCCAGGCCAGAAAGGUUUUGCAGAACGUCUAAUGUCUAAAUAUGGUUGGAGUAAAGGAUCGGGACUCGGUGCAGAUGGCUCCGGUAUGAUUACACCUCUGCAAGUCAAACUUGACAAGCGCAAAAAGAAGUCUGAUGCCGAAGGUGGUGGGUUCCGGGAUUCGGGAGGAAGAGGAAAGAUCAUUGGGGGAAAGAAAAUUGUUAAGGAGGAAGAAACAGGCAGAUUUGGACCAAUGUCCGAAGUUAUAGUACUGCGUGGAAUGGUAGACAACAUGGAUCUAGAUGAGGAAGUAGAAGGUUCAGGGGAUGGGGGCAUAAUGCAGGAAAUUGGGGAUGAAUGUGGUGAAAAGUAUGGAAGAGUUGAACGAGUGUACAUCGAUAGGCAAAGUGCUCCAGCAAAGGUCUUCGUCAAAUUUACUAAUCAGUUAUCGGCGCUGAGGGCUGUGAACGCACUUGAGGGGCGUAUAUUCAAUGGGAAUACCAUAUCAGCUUUGUUUUAUAAUACGGAAACUUUUGAGAAUGGUGUCUAUGAGUAG